AUGCACCAGCUUCAACAAGAGAUCAAGAGUAUACAUCUCCAGUACAGCCUAAAUUCACAAAGCAUUAGAUGGAUUAUUCAAGCUAUGAUAAAGAAGCAAUAUUACAAUCAAGCACAGUUCUGGUCUCCAACAAAGGUUCUUAAGGCAUAUAAAGAGAGGCACAACAUGUUGCUUCAGUCAGGGCUUCAAGCACUGGCUUUAAAGUGCUGUUAG